UCGAACCGGGACCUUAUCGUUAGCGCAAGCACGGGCCCAGGCAAUUUGAGUCCGAGUCUGUUUCGGCGGACCGCCCGUGGAGCGGAAGCGAGAGCGAGAGAGACGGAGAGAGACGGAGAGGAGCGGAGAGGAGAGGAGAGGAGAGGAGCCGCGGUUGAACCUGGAAAGCAGGGGCGAAGAGUUCUGCCGCGGUUGAUCGUGCUCCCUCUCUCCCGCGCGAUCUGUGUCCUGGGAUUUGGCAGUUGAAAAGGUCGAAUGGGUCGACCUCCGCAUGGCGGCGGCCCCGUCUUCCGAUUCACCUUCAACGAGGUAAUCUGGAACUGUUCUCGCGCGCUUUUCCAUGUUUGUGUUUUUGCUGAGACUGCCUCAGACAGACCAGACGCCUGAGCCGUCUCUCAUCUUGCCAAAUGUGUCCAAGUUGUUGAGAUGGAAGCACGCCUGGAGGAGGUAAAUAAUGCUAUACCUGCUCGUCAUGUUAUAUGUGCCCUUGCAGAGAAGUUCAGUGCAUCUCCUGAACGAGCAGGAAAGAUUGCCGUCCAGCCAAAGCAGGUGUGGAACUGGUUUCAAAAUCGUAGAUAUGCACAAAGAGCCAAAUCUACUAAGGCGUCUGCAAAGCUGACUGUCUCACCUAUGGCCCAGGAUGAUUUACCUUCAAUCAGAAAUGUUGUUCCUCCUGUUCCUGUUCCUACUGGAAGAAAUUCUCUGGAGAAUGGCCAAAUGGAAUUUGAAGCGAAGUCCGCUAGAGAUGGGGCAUGGUAUGAUGUUCAAGCAUUUCUUUCACAUAGGAUGUUUGAAAUAGGUGAUCCGGAAGUUCGAGUUCGUUUUCAAGGGUUUGGUAUGGAAGAGGAUGAAUGGGUUAAUGUGCGCAGGUGUGUCAGACAGAGGUCUCUUCCUUGUGAAGCUGCAGAAUGUGUUGCUGUACUUCAGGGUGACCUCAUACUUUGUUUUCAGGAAGGUAAAGAGCAGGCUCUUUAUUUCGAUGCCCAUGUCCUUGAUGCACAAAGGCGUAGACAUGAUUUACGAGGAUGUCGAUGUAGAUUUUUGGUCCGUUAUGAUCAUGAUCAGUCUGAGGAAAUAGUGCCACUGAGAAAGGUAUGUAGGCGGCCGGAAACUGAUUACAGGCUACAGAUACUGCAAGCAUCAAGAGGAGCGUCAGGAGCUAUGGAUCAACGGGCUAUGGUGAAAGCUCCAACAAGCAUACCCAAGGAUAUCAAUCCUAUUGUCACAAAUAGGACUAAUCUGAAGCAGCAGAAACUGAUGGAUGUUAACACUGAUGAGGUGCUAACAGUCCUUCCUGCUGCUGUACCAAACACGGACACAAACACGAAGGAGGAGCCUACUAUCGGGGGUGAUCAAUUUGCCUACACCUCUCCGAUCCCCCCACACACGGUUAGUCAUAGCAAUAGUACCAUUCCAGAUGUAACCAUGGGCGACGCUGUGCCUCCAGGGAACUCUACAAAUUCUGAUUACCCACAAGAAGGAAACGUUGAAGUGUGAAUGUGCUUUCUUGAUUGCUGCAUUGUACUUUAUCACUGUCUAUUAAACUGUUUGGGAAUUAUGAAAAGCUUGAAUUGCUCAAACACAUUUGCAGUGGAGAGUAUCAUUUGAUACUGGUCUCUAUUUGAUGCAUCUAUUUGUUUGGUUGGGAGAUGAAAGGAUUAGUUAGCAGUAUUCCCUCUACCCUUCGGAGCAGAUAUAAAGAAAAACAGUUUUUGUUGGCAGUUAUUUCUGGUACCCAUGUAAUGAAUUUCUUGAAUCAUGUAAAUGUAGGUUAUUUUGGUGGUGCAUAUGUAAUGGAUUCUUUGGAUCACAUAAAA